CGAGCCUGGCGAGCCGAGCGCGCGGCGUCCGAGGCGGUUGGUUACCGAGAGCGGGUGAAGCGCGAUCCGAGGCGAGAGGAGGAAACCAGUGCCUGGCAUUCCCACCAGCUGUCUGCCUGCCAUGAUCAAGUGCUUGUCGGUUGAAGUGCAAGCCAAAUUGCGUUCUGGUUUGGCCAUAAGCUCCUUAGGCCAAUGUGUUGAAGAACUUGCCCUCAACAGCAUCGAUGCCGAAGCAAAAUGUGUGGCGGUCAGGGUGAACAUGGAAACCUACCAAGUUCAAGUGAUAGACAAUGGAUUUGGAAUGGGGAGUGUUGAUGUAGACAAGGUCGGGAAUCGUUAUUUCACCAGUAAAUGCACCUCGGUACAGGACCUGGAGAACCCAAGGUUUUAUGGUUUCCGAGGGGAGGCCUUGGCAAGUAUAGCUGACAUGGCCAGUGCCAUGGAAAUUUCAUCUAAGAAAAACAGAACAAUGAAAACGUUUGUGAAACUGUUUCAAAAUGGAAAAGCCCUGAAAGCUUGUGAAGCUGAUUUGACUAGACCAAGUGCUGGGACAACAGUGACAGUCUAUAACUUGUUUUACCAGUUGCCUGUAAGGAGGAAAUGUAUGGAUCCUAGACUGGAGUUUGAGAAAGUUAGGCAGAGGAUAGAAGCUCUCUCACUCAUGCACCCUUCCAUUUCUUUCUCUUUAAGAAAUGAUGUUUCUGGUUCCAUGGUUCUUCAGCUCCCUAAAACCAAAGACAUAUGUUCCCGAUUUUGUCAAAUUUAUGGAUUGAGGAAGUCCCAGAAGUUAAGAGAAAUACAUUUUAAAUAUAAGGAGUUUGAGCUUAAUGGCUAUAUCAGCUCUGAAGCACACUACAAUAAGAAUAUGCAGUUUUUGUUUGUGAACAAAAGAUUAGUUUUAAGGACAAAGUUGCAUAAACUCAUUGACUUUUUAUUAAGGAAAGAAAGUAUUAUAUGUAAGCCAAAAAGUGGUUCUGCCAGUAGACAAAUGAAUUCAAGUCCUCGGCAUCGGUCAACCCCGGAGCUCUAUGGGAUAUAUGUGAUCAAUGUGCAGUGCCCGUUCUGUGAGUAUGAUGUGUGCAUGGAGCCAGCAAAAACACUGAUUGAGUUUCAGAACUGGGAUACUCCCUUGAUUUGCAUUCAGGAAGGAGUGAAACUGUUUUUAAAGCAAGAAAAAUUAUUUGUGGAAUUAUCAGGUGAAGACAUUAAGGAAUUUAAUGAAGAUAAUGAUUUUAAUUUAUUUGGUACUACUCUUCAGAAGCACGUAACCUCUGAUGAGAACUGUGGCCAGGGCAGUUUCCAGGAAGCAUGCAAUAAUAUUUUGGAUUCCUAUGAAAUGUUUAAUUUACAAUCAAAAGCUGUGAAAAGAAAAGUUACUAUAGAAAACAUAAACACAGAGAAUUCUAAGGAUUCAGAAGCUAUCAGAAAAAAGACAAAUGAUUCAUUUUUGUCCACUCAUGAAUCAGGUGUCCCAUUGUGUAAUAAAAUGGCAGAGUCAUCUUUACACAAUGAUAACUCUUGCUCAGAUUCAAGAAUGUUAGAACAAGAGACAGUUGAAGUAUCAGACACAAGAGAAAACAUAGAACAUAAAACUUGCCUUGAACCUAACUCUUUAGAAAAUCCACAUAGAGCCACUUCAGAAGAAUUUUCAAAUGCUUUUCAAACAUAUCAUUUAGAGAAGAAUGAGGAAGAUCUAGAAGUACAGAAAGAGAGUAUGACUGUUAAUGGCAUGGCUGCCAACAUUCUGAAAAAUAAUACCAUUCAGAAUCAACUAGAGAGACUGGAAGAUGCUACUGCAAUGGGAUGCCAGCCUCUGUCUUUUGAGACAACAUUAUUGAACGUACAUAGUGCUCAGAGAGAGAAAGAGAAAAGAAAAAUAGAGCCUGGGGAUUGUGGAGGAAGAAACAAUUUCAGUUAUGGACAAGUUAAAUUAUGUUCCACUGGCUUUAUAACUCAUGUGGUACAAAGUGAGGUGACUCAAUCCACUGGAGCAGAACCUACAUUUAAAAAUUACAUUCGACCUGGUCCUGCAAGUGCCCAAGAGACAUUUGGAAGUAGAACGUGUCCUUCAGUUGAGACUCCAGAUGUCAGAGAUCUAACCAGCAUUUUAAGUAAAGAACCUGCUCAACUGCCCAACAAAAAAUUUUGCAGAACAAAUGUAGGUUAUGGGCUUGAGAAAAGACCCAUAGCAAUUUACAGAGAUUUUGCCGUUUUUGAGGAAAGUGGUCAAAAAGCACACACAGACUGUUUACUACCUGGUACAUCUUUCCCUUUGCAAAGACAUAUUUCAAGUGGUUGUAAGAAAACAGAUACAUUGAUUAGUUCAUCCAAACCCAUUGUCCGUAAGAAGCUAUGCUUGAGUUCACCGCUGGGGUCUUUAGAGAAAUUUAAGAGGCAGUAUGGGAAGGUUAGUUCUCUGGCUACAGAAGUGAAGGAAAGUAAUGCUGACGUCACUAACCGUCUCAGUCCUCAAGUUGCGUCUGAAUCUGACAUUCUGCUGAAAGAUCAGAAUUGCUCAGACAACUCUGAUAUUUGUGAAAGCGCGGCCAUGAAGCAUGAGUCCAGUGGUAGUUGUCAGCCGCUGAGUCGCAUCCUGUACUCAGAGAAGUUUCCGUUGUCUGAGGAAGAAGGUGGUUUGGAACAACAGAUGGUUCAUUUGAGAGAAAGUCCCAUACCUUUCAAGGAGUUCUCGGACUUUAACAGAAGGCCUUUGGAUGUUGAGAAGUCGCCUGAAUCACUGGCCUCUAAAUUAUCCAAACUGAAGGGUUCUGAAAAAGAGACAGAAGUGAUGGAAAUGAGUCAUUUUAAUGAACUUCCAGAUUCAAAUUCCAAUACAGAAGACAGUAAUUUGUGCGGUGGCCUAACCCUAGGUUUUUGUAAGUUACUUGAAAGUGAGCAUAAGAAAACAGAGACUGACACCAACCCAAGGUCAAAUUCUGUUACACAGGGUAAUUCCUUCAAUAAAGGUAGCGAAACACAUUCUGACAGCAAUACAACAGAGAACUCUGUGAUACCGGAAACUCUUUUGGUUUUACCUUACAGUAAUUCUGAAGUUAUCAAUAAAGGUUCAGACAUUUUUGUCAGAGCUUCAGAACGACAGACAGGAAGUCCCACCUCUCCCAGCAGGACGCUAAUGAGUCAGGUAGAAGAUUCCCCAGCCAAACAAAAUGAAAUUGGUUUUCAGAGUAGCGGGUCUAAAGCAAGGGCUUGUUCUGUAAAAGAAGACUCAACCACAACCUCCUUGGAUUGGCAGCAGCACUUUGAUGUCGCCCUGGGAAGAAUGGUUUACAUCAACAAAGUGACAGGGCUCAGCACAUUCAUUGCUCCUGCUAAGGACAUUCAGACCCCUUGUACUAAGGACCUGACAACUGUGCCUGUGGAUGUUGUGCUUGGGAAUGGGUCUCAGUACAGAUGUCAUCCUUUUAGAAGUGACCUUGUUCUUCCUUUCCUUCCAAGAGUUCAGGAGAGCACUGUGGCAAGACAGAAUGACAGAGAUACUGUGGAGGAUGCUGAUGGCAGUGCAUCCCUGAAGUCUUUGCUCUCAGAAUGGGACAACCCAGUAUUUACCCGCUACCCAGAGGUUGCUGUUGAUGUAAGCAGUGGCCAGGCUGAGAGCUUAGCAGUUAAAAUUCACAACAUUUUGUAUCCCUAUCGUUUCACCAAAGAAAUGAUUCAUUCAAUGCAGGUUCUCCAGCAAGUGGAUAACAAGUUUAUUGCCUGUUUAAUGAGCACUAAAACUGAAGAGAAUGGCAAAGCAGCUGAGCCCCAGGUAAUGCUUGCUAACCCUCCAGGUGGAAACCUGCUCGUCCUGGUGGACCAGCAUGCCGCCCACGAGCGCAUCCGUCUGGAGCAGCUUCUUACUGAAUCCUAUGAGAAGCAACAACCACAAGGGUCUGGUCGGAAAAAAUUACUGUCUUCCACCAUAAUUCCUCCCCUGGAGAUAACGGUGACGGAGGAACAAAGGAGACUCCUACGGUGUUACCACAAGAGUCUGGAAGAUCUGGGCCUUGAAUUUAUAUUUCCAGACACUAGCGAUUCUCUGAUCCUGGUGGGAAAAGUGCCACUGUGCUUUGUGGAAAGAGAAGCCAAUGAACUUCGCAGAGGAAGAUCUACUGUGACCAAGAGUAUCGUGGAGGAAUUCCUUCGAGAACAAGUAGAGCUGCUCCAGACCACUGGAAGCAUCCAGGGGACGCUGCCGCUGACGGUGCAGAAGGUGCUGGCCUCCCAGGCCUGCCACGGGGCCAUUAAGUUUAAUGAUGGACUGAGCCUAGAGGAGAGUCGUCGCCUGAUUGAAGCCCUGUCCUGCUGCCAGCUGCCAUUCCAGUGUGCUCAUGGGAGACCUUCUAUGCUGCCAUUAGCCGACAUGGACCACUUGGAGCAAGAAAAGCAGAAUAAACCCAAUCUUGCUAAACUUCGCAAAAUGGCCCGGGCAUGGCGUCUCUUUGGGAAAGCAGAAGGUUGCAAUGCAAGGCAGAACCUGCAGCAGUCGGUAAUCCUUGUGAGCCACCCCGAAUACAGACUUAGCGAUGAGUAAGAAGAGACAGGACAGCCUAAGGAUCUGUGUCCCUGGACUGGAACAGGAGCAGCGGGUAGCAGCAGCACAUUGAGCACGCCAGCCCAGCGCCUCUGAGCACCUGCAAGGCCGCAGGGCUCGCACGUCUGUCCUCCUCUUGCUGAGUAGCCGGAUGAAAUUCAAGCCCAAAGACAGCUCAUUCAUCUGCAUCUGUGGACACAGGAGGUUACCACAUCAUAGCGACUGUUUGUAAUUUGAUUCUUGAUAAAUUUUAAUGAUUAAUUGUUUCAUUGGUUUAUGUUUGAGGGAUGUGGUUUUUGCUUUUUUUCCAAUUUGCAAUUUUUUUCCAAUUUGCAAAUUUGCAUGCAUGUAAUUGAGCUGAGGCUAAACUCCAAGACUAGUCUGUCUUUCUAGACUGCUGCAGAUUCUCUCACCAGUCCUUCUUUCACCUUCAUUCUUCACUUUCCUCUGCUGCUGCUUUGUGUUCUAAAUCACAGACUUUAAGAAUCUCUCUACUCUCAAUAAAAACAUUCCCUGAAGUCUU